AUGGAAUCAACAACAACAAUUGUUAGGGAGAGUGCAGUACUUGAUGCUUUGAGAAAUGCCAUACUAUCGUUGAAUUCAACAAUUCACGGAGGAAUCGACGAACAAAGUUCUUUCUUAUACCGAUCAAUCCUACAUGACACCUCAUUAAACUCCAAAGAAAAAUCCGCUGCAUUAAUUCAACUAAAUCAUUUGGUGGAUGUUUAUAAAGUGUCGUUUAAAGAUGGUCCAAACGAAGAAUGGUUACCUGAAAGCCACUCGUUAUAUCGCUCCGGUCCAAAAGAUGUCAUAUUAAAACGUCUAGACAAUUUCAAAAAUCAUGGAAAUGAUUGGUUUGAAGAGGCCGAAUCAUAUCUUACAUUAAAUAUGAAACUGGGAUAUGUUGUAACAUGUUACGGUAUCACCAAAGACCCAACCACAUCAGACUACAUGAUCGUCAUGCGUAAAAUGGAUUAUGACUUGAAAGAGUUUGUUAAAGACAAUGCCAACAAUGUUUCAAAUUUGAGUUGGUCAAAAAAAUAUAACAAUUUCAAAAAUCAUGGAAAUGAUUGGUUUGAAGAGGCCGAAUCAUAUCUUACAUUAAAUAUGAAACUGGGAUAUGUUGUAACAUGUUACGGUAUCACCAAAGACCCAACCACAUCAGACUACAUGAUCGUCAUGCGUAAAAUGGAUUAUGACUUGAAAGAGUUUGUUAAAGACAAUGCCAACAAUGUUUCAAAUUUGAGUUGGUCAAAAAAAUAUAGUAUAAUAAAGAAAAUCGCUGAUUGUCUAUUACAUAUUCAUGAAGCAAAUUCCAUACAUAAAAACUUGCACUCUGGAAAUGUUUUGUAUUCUAGUGAAUUGAAAGAUUGGAAGUUGGAAAUACUUGAUCGUUAUUAUGGCGAAGACAAAUUUGAAGCUGAUGAAGGUAUUGAAUUAUUAGAAAGAAAAGAAGAACCAUGUUUAAUGCAAUCAAGUAGAUUGUAUAGAUUUAAAAAUUUACCAAAGCCCAGAAAUGCAAAUAGUAGUAAUAGCGAUAAUAACAACAAUAGCAACCAACAAAUUGGUUCUUGUCAUAAAAGAAAUUAUAGUUUUCAAUUCUCCGAAGAUAUUUAUACUGUCUCAUAA